GAAGGAGCCGCUGCUGCCCCGCACAGAUCUCCGCUAACUGCUCGGGUAGGGGCACAUUCCGCUCGCGGUCCCUUUCCUGCCCCCCCCCCAGUCCGGGCUCUGCCAUCUAAGCGGCUGGGAGCUGCAGUACGGAGAGGAAACAAGUCCCUGAUCGCGGAGGGAGAUGAUCCAGGCAGCGUCCCGUCCGUUACCCAGGUUCUGGAGACAGGCUGCUGACUCAGGGGGCAGAACCCAAGAUGGGGCACCUACCUGCCACACCGACCCCUCGCCUGCGGGGGGCUCACAGCCUGAUGUCUGUGGCAAGGGGGAUAUUUUCCAGGCGGUGGAGGGAUGUGACCUGAAGAGAUGCCAGCAAAUCAUUGAAGCAAAUGGCUCAGCAGUUUUGGGACAUUACGAUGAAAGAGGACACACACCAGUUCACUGGGCUGCCCUUGCAGGGUCUGUAGACCUGAUUGAGCUCUUUGUGGACUCUAAAGGACCCGUGGACCUACCUAGUCAGGCUGAGCUGGGGCAGCGUCCCAUCCAUUGGGCUGCUGUUAAUGGUCACAUAGGUGUGGUGGAUGUUCUCCUGAAGGCAGGCGUUUCUCUGGGUGUUGAAGACCAAAAGGGUUGUUCUCCUUUGAUCACAGCUGCUCAGUAUGGACAAACAGCACUGUGCUGCUACCUCAUUGGCAAAGGUGCCAAACUACAUUUGUGUGAUUCAGAAGGAGAUAGCGCAUUACACUGGGCAUGCUUCAAGGGUCAUUGUGAAUUGGCUCACCUACUGAUAUACUCGGGCUGCAAUCCAAGACAGACAGAUAAUUAUGGACAGACACCCUUACAUUUAGCAGUAUUAAGUGGAAGCCUCGCAACUGUCCAGCUAUUGUGUGAACAAGAAGGAGUCGAGUUAGAACGUGAAGAUAACAACAGAAAUACCCCUCUAAAAUUGGCAAGGGGGCGAAAGUCUAAGGAUAUUGCUUCCUUUCUGCACAGCACAAUUAUCCAAUCAAAAAACCUUUAUGCAAAGUUUGACUGGAGUGCUUGGGUGUUUGGCCGUCCAGGCAAAUCAAAAGGGCCAAUCCUAUUUUUUUAUGGCAAUUUAUUCUUGUGGGGAUAUCCAACAUAUUUUUUUAAGAUCAUGCCAGUUUCCUAUUAUGCUCUGUGGGAAUUUCAUAUUGUCUUCCUGUUUUGCAAUGUAUUGAUGUGGAUCUUCUUCUUAAGAGCUUCUUUGAUGGAUCCUGGUUUCCUUCCUCAGGAUACUGAAGAGUAUGACCAAGCCAUCAAGCAGGCCGUUAAUUUUAAUGACUGGAGAAAUGGCAGGAAUCCUUUGAGCAGAUUAUGCCAUACAUGUCAUCUUGUUAAGCCUCUUCGUUCCAAGCACUGUCGUGUCACAAACCGCUGCGUUUCUCAGUUUGACCAUUAUUGUCCUUAUAUCUAUAAUGAUGUUGGACAACAUAACAGAGUGUUCUUUGUGGGAUUCCUGGCUUCCAUGUGCAUUUGCUGUUUGAUUGGAGUUUACCUUUGCUGGGACUGGCUAUACAAUGAAGGAGCAAGCCUAUUAAUUGGAAUGGGGUUCCUAUUUCUUGCGAUUAUCGGCAUUGUUUCUGGCUUGAUGACAUUGAUGUGUUUAUACAUGGCAUCAGUGAACAUCACAACUAAUGAGAGGAUUAAUGUAAAAAAGUACACUUACCUGAUGGAUAACAAAGGAAGCUUUCGUAAUCCUUUUGAUAGAGGAUGCUAUCUAAACAUUUUAGAGUUCCUCUACGUCAUUCCACCACUUUCUGAAGACAGAAUUAAAGGAAGGGAGCGAAAGUUUGAUAUUUAAUGAAAAACAGCUGAUCCACAUCAGAUCCUGACAUGUUUACAAUUUAAGAGUUUUAUAUGUUGAGUAUUUAUAAUGAUAUUUUUUAAUGUUUGCAAAAUAAUGUUGCAUUCUUUUUAAGAAUACAAAAAAUAAAAAUGGUUUACGCAAAAUGUGGUCCCUUUGGAUAAUUUAUAUCAUUAACCUAUACCUCUUUAUUCUUAAGGCAUCAGAAUAAAAAUGUGGCAUACCUUGUGACUUUGUGUUAUUGAAAUGUGUAUUUAGUUUUGUUCUCUGUACAUGGGGCUUUUGUUUCAUCAUAAGCAUAAAGAAAAAAUGGCCAGAAAUUGCGCAAGAACCUUUUUACAUGCAACAAAACUAGAAAUCAAAUAUUUUAACAGCAAAAAUUAGUUAAGAUUUUGUUAGGACUUGGUG